GCUCUCCAACUUUUUUCAGGACCUUUCCCCAAGUAAAACUAGCCAGUUGGCUUUCACAAUAAGUGGUCUCCAAGCUCCUAACAGAUUCUAUAUAAACCUAUAAACUUUUCUAACUUUCUUAAUUGGGAUCAAUAUAUAUCCUUCUUAUUUUCAAUUUUUCAUGGAAGCGAAGCCUACGAACUAUAUAAUAUAUAUGAUCAACUGAUCAGGAAAACUUGGAGAAAAAAUUGGACAAUAUAUAGUACUAUAGGUAGGUACUAAAUAUAGAGAGAGAGAGGUAUUAAUUAAUAGGUAUGAACAAUAAUGAGGAUGAAGAAGUGGUACUCGGGGGCGAAUCAGGUGAAUCGAGCGGCAGCUUGAUUAUGAAUCAUGACAAGGAUAAGAGGAAGAGAGGAGCAGGGGCACCAUAUUCAUCAUCAUCAUCAUCAUCAAGGGCGUCGGGAGGUGGCGGUGGUGGUGAUGUCUCGCCAGCAAGGUGUCAGGCAGAGAGGUGUGGAGCUGAUCUAAGUGAUGCCAAACGUUAUCACCGCCGCCAUAAGGUCUGUGAGUUUCAUUCCAAGGCAUCAAUAGUAUUCGUUUCCGGACUUCAACAGCGCUUUUGCCAGCAAUGUAGCAGGUUCCAUGAAAUAUCUGAGUUUGAUGAUGCAAAAAGAAGCUGCCGGAGGCGUUUGGCUGGACAUAAUGAGAGACGCAGGAAAAGCUCAGUUGAGUCUUAUGGAGACGCUAAAACCUCGAAAGAAACUCAACAGUUUAAUAGGUCAGAGUUCGAUGACCAGCAAAGGCCCAAGUAUCUGGGCAGUUCUACUUACAAGCAUCUCCAUUUUAGAUCAUGAGACAAAUACUCUUGCACUAUAAAAUAUACAUAUAUGCUCCCUCUCUUCUGUCACUCAUAUAUAUUACGAUAUAGAUAUAAAGACAUAUAUAUAAAUAACUGGUGCGUGUAUCUAUCGGCCAUGUUCUGACAUGCUCCAUGGUCUCGUAAGAAUAAGUUGAAGUCUCUUGACUUUCUAUUAUCUGCUUGGUUUAGUGUUUAAGAGUUUAACACUUACAUAAAUAAAAUUUUAAGCUUUUAUUAUUG